AAUGCACACCGUGCAAAAUACUGGUGGGCGGAGACUACCCGUGUGAACGUAGAUAUUUGUACCUGUCUGCUGAACUCGUCUGAUUUAUCGUUAAUGUGCAAAGUGUACAACUGUACUGUUUAUCGAAAAGGACUCAUAUGGUGCAAAGAGGAGGUGUCGCUUUACCUGCCGAAAGGGUUUCGCUUUCCUCACGCCAUGGAGAAACAGUUGCAUUUGAAUCUGCUAGCUUCUAAACCCCCGACGCCAGGUUUGCAGUCGGGAUCUAAAUUAAGAAUGGGACCUGGAAGAAAACGAGAUUUUACCCCCCUUCCCUGGAGUCAGUACUUUGAAACCAUUGAAGACGUGGAGGUGGAUAAUGACAACAGCAAAGACACAUUCAGAAUUUAUAGCAGUGGAUCUCAUGGUCCUGUUUUGCUCUUGCUCCAUGGAGGAGGUCAUUCAGCUCUUUCCUGGGCGGUCUUUACUUCUGUUAUAUGCAGCAGGAUUGACUGCAGAGUUGUUGCUAUGGACCUCAGAGGACAUGGUGACGCUAAAGUCAAGAACCCUGAUGACCUCUCUGCUGAGACGAUGGCAAAGGAUAUUGGAAAAGUGGUGGAGGUGCUUUAUGGUGAAAACCCGCCUCCUAUCAUGAUUAUUGGUCACAGUAUGGGUGGAGCAAUAGCGGUUCACACUGCUGCAGCCAAUCACGUGCCAUCACUGCUUGGUCUAUGUGUAAUUGAUGUCGUGGAAGGUACAGCAAUGGAUGCCUUGAAUAGCAUGCAAAACUUUCUGAGGAGUCGACUAAAAACGUUUAAAUCUGUGGAGAAUGCUAUUGAAUGGAGUGUAAAAAGUGGUCAAAUCAGGAAUAUUGAGUCCGCACGUGUGUCCAUGGUUGGACAGGUGAAAAAGUGUGAGGAGCCCUUAAGCAGUCCAGGGGUUUCUAAGAGCAUCAGUGAGGGAAUUAUUGAAGAAGAAGAGGAGGAAGAAGAAGGAUGCGAAUCCAACCACAAAAGAAAGAAAGAAGAUGACCGGGAGAUAAAGAAAGAAAGUUUGUACACUUGGCGCAUUGAACUCUCAAAGACGGAGAAGUAUUGGGAGGGCUGGUUUAAAGGACUGUCUUCUCUCUUUCUCAGCUGUCCUGUGCCAAAACUAUUACUGCUGGCCGGCGUUGACAGGCUUGAUAAAGAUCUUACUAUUGGACAAAUGCAGGGAAAGUUCCAGAUGCAGGUUCUUCCACAGUGUGGCCAUGCUGUUCAUGAAGAUGCCCCCGAAAAAGUAGCUGAUGCUCUAGCCACCUUUAUGGUCCGUCACAAAUUCACUGAAUUCAAGGAUGGUUUCCCCUGACGGCGUAGUGUCUCCUGUUGUAGUUUUCAUCCAGUUGUCAUGUCAUCCUCUCUGCCCUCUUGCUCUCCACCAGGGAUUACAGUCCAACCAUGACAAUGCCUCUGCUGCAACAAUAUUCAAAGUACUUUAUUAAAUUAUAUUCAGUUUUGUAUGUCUUUGUUAUAUUCAGUUUUGUAUGACUUUAUGUAUAUUUGAUGUAGUCACUAUUAUUACAAUGAACAUUUUUGGCAGGAAUAAUUAAUACAAUGACAAUAAUUUAAAAAUGUUAUGUACAUUUACAUUUUUAUUUCCCGCUUUUGCAUUUCUUUUGAUGCCUUGCUUGUUUGUUGUUGUAAUUAGGAUGAUUGCAUUGUGUUUAAAGUGUUGGUCAUUGCUGAUUUCCAGGGAAAUAAUAAAAAGAGGUUUCAGCAGUCUUUACGCAUU